AGGGGUUGAAAUCUUGCAGGAAUGUUGGGAUGAAGAUUUAGGAAUUAAUUCCUCUUUCUUAGAAGAAUCCGAAUCUAUACAAAGGUCUUCUUCUUUGUUUCCAAUCAUCUGAGAUGGAUAAGAAAAAAGAUAUUAUGGAAAGCGAACCAAAUGAAAAAGGUGCAAAAAGAGCUUCAACACAUGAAGCUUCAUCCACCAAAAAGAAGAUUAAAAAAGAGAAGGGAAAACAAUUAAUUAUUCCCAAAGAAAUGUGGAAGUCAACCUUGAGAAUCAUUAUGUACUGUAAUCUACAAACUUCUUACCAUAUUAUCGAAAGUUUAUCACCUAGUUGUCUAGACUUGUUUAAAGAAGGACCAUUUGGACACUUGUUAAAUUUAAAAAUGACAAAAAUACUUUUACAACUAUUAUCACACUUGAUUAGAAGAGAAUGUGUCUCAAUGGACAACAAUGUUCAUCUUUUCAACAUCGAAGGUAACAUUGUGGAGUUUGGACUGCGAGAUUUUUGUUUGAUUACAGGAUUAAAUUGUGGUGAAUAUCCUAUAGAAGAUGUUUUAGAUGCAACGGAAGAAAAUGAGUCUAUGGUUAAACAAUUGUUUUUUAGAAAUAACACUUCCAUUAGUAUACAAGAAUUGAAGACUGCUUUUAACUAUCACUGUAAAUCCUGCACCGAUGAAAAAGAGCUAGUAAAAUUAGCCAACCUUUACUUCUUGUACAAUGUUUUAAUUUCGAGACAAAAUCACAAUAUGUUGGAUUUAAAACAUGUAAAAAUGUUGGAUGAUAAAGAGAAGUUUAGGAAUUAUCCUUGGGGAAGGUUGUGCUUUAGUCUUACAAAGCAAUUCAUUCAAAAUGCGGUGAAAUCCAAAAGAAAGUCUAAGAACUCAGAAACAGAAUCUAAAGCGUAUGCCUUUCUACAAGGCUUCCCUAUGGUUCUAGCUUACUAGGCAUAUGAAAUACUUCCUCAACUUGCUAGCGGGUAUGUGACAAGAAUAGGGAAAUGGUGUCCAAGAAUAUUAAAUUGGAAAUCCAGUGAACAACUCGAUUGGCAAGAUCUUGAAGAUAACAUAU